AUGCCUGUGCCGCCGCCACCACCACCUCCUCCGCCACCUCCACCUCCUUCUGGAGGGCCCCCUCCACCACCACCACCACCACCACCACUGGCAAGUUCAGAGAUACCAAAGCUGCGAAAGGAAGACCAAAAGGCACGGAAUGCACUCUUAGCUGAUAUCCAGCAGGGAACUCGCUUAAGAAAAGUGACUCAAAUCAAUGACCGCAGCGCACCACAGAUUGACAAACCCAAAGGUACUAACAGAGAUGGGGUUAACCCAGCUGUUAACAAAAGUGGCCCUCAGCAGCCCCUGGGAGGCUUAUUUGCAGGUGGCUUUCCUGUCCUCAGACCAGCAGGCCAGAGGGACAUGUCAGCUGGGAAGCCUGGGCAGCUCCCAGGGAUCCGUCCCGCGGUUCCCAAGCCCGCUGCCGCACCGAACAGCAGCGCUGCCAAGGCCAGCAGCGUCCCCUCGCAUCCCACCGAAGGCCCCAGGGCAGCUGCCCCACCAGAUCCCCCCAGCGCCCCCCGAGGGCCCGGCACGGGGCCCGGGCGGCCCAGCCUGCCUGCCCCCCCUCCACCGCCUCCCGCUUCCAGCAAACCUUCCCUCACCUUCCCCCCUCCUCCCGCUGUGCCCCCCCCAGCAGAGCGCCCUCCCAAGGGGGUGCCCCCCAGCGCGGCCCCUCCUCAGCCUGACAAACUCGCUAAGCUGCAGGCAGGUGCUCCACACGCACCCCCCCCUCCUCCUCCUCCUCCUCCUCCCCUGCCCUUUGUGCCCCCCUGCGGGUUUCCAACCAGGACAACCGAUUUCCCGGCCGCUGCUCCCACCCCAGCUGAAGGCAGGGAUUGCCUGCCCCCCACCCCGCCCCCCCCGCCUCCCCCUCCGCCCCACGGACACCCCCUGACCCCCAACAGGCUCUCCUUUCCGCCCUCCCCAGCCUUUAGCAGCGCUCCCGGCAGCGCUGACGUGCCCCCGCCCCUGCCCCCCAAGUCUCCCAACCUGCUGUCCCAGCUCCACAAGCCCAGCAGCAUCCAGUCCUUGCCGCUGCCCCCCACCCCCGGCCUCCCGCAGCCCGCAGCGGCGGUGGCACCGGAGACCAGGAAGAAGAGGCCCGGCCGAGGCGCAGGAACUGGUGCUGGGAAGCUAGUCACACCUCCACAGCCACCAGCAAGAUCACCUACAACUGAGCUCACCAGCAAGUCUGGAGUCUCAGCCUGGGCUGCAGCUCAUGACCCAUACCCACCACUUAAAAAUGGAAACAUGCACAUCAUCGAUGACUUUGAAUCUAAAUUUACUUUCCAUUCUGUGGACGAUUUCCCCCCACCUGACGAAUUCAAGCCAUUUCAGAAAAUCUAUCCCAGCAAGAUAGCUAGAGAUCCCUCCAAAAAUCCUCCAUUAAGAACACACGUUAGAUGA